UCCGUGGGGCGACGGGAGGAGAGCGGUGGGGUCUGCACAGCGUACGAGAGCGUUGUCCGGCGCUGACGGGGAUAUUGAGGCCCGCAGAGGGCACGGAUUGAGACCUAGCUCCGUAACAACUCCCUCCGACAUGCAGGGCAGCACGAGAAGAGCGGGUGCCAUGACGGAUGUCCAUCGGCGCUUCCUCCAGCUGCUGAUGACUCAUGGUGUGCUGGAGGAGUGGGAGGUUAAGCGCCUGCAGAACCACUGCUACAAGGUCCAUGACCGAAAUGCUACUGUAGAUAAGCUGGAGGACUUCAUCAACAAUAUCAACAGUGUCUUGGAGUCCUUGUAUAUUGAGAUAAAAAAAGGAAUCACGGAAGAUGACGGGAGACCCAUUUAUGCUCUGGUGAAUCUUGCUACAACUUCAGUUUCCAAAAUGGCCACGGAUUUUGCCGAGAACGAAUUGGACCUGUUUAGGAAGGCUUUGGAACUGAUCGUUGACUCAGAAACUGGCUUUGCUUCUUCUACAAACAUUUUGAACCUGGUCGAUCAACUCAAAGGCAAAAAGAUGAGGAAGAAGGAAGCGGAGCAGGUGCUGCAGAAGUUCGUGCAGAGCAAGUGGCUGAUUGAGAAGGAAGGGGAGUUCACUUUGCAUGGCCGGGCCAUCUUGGAGAUGGAGCAGUUCAUCCGAGAGACCUACCCGGAUGCUGUGAAGAUAUGCAACAUCUGCCACAGCCUCCUCAUCCAGGGUCAAAGCUGCGAGACGUGUGGUAUUAGGAUGCAUUUGCCUUGUGUGGCCAAGUACUUCCAGUCCACCUCUGAACCACGCUGCCCGCACUGUAAUGACUAUUGGCCCCAUGACAUACCAGAAGUCUUCGACCCUGAGAAGGAGAGGGAGGCUGGCGUCUCCAAGUCGAGCAGAAAGUCCUUGCGGACUCGUCAGCACUAGCUGCGUCCUGCGUGGCUCCGGCUGUUGGUGGGCUGACCCUCAUGGCCCAGUUAUCACAGGGGCCUGGCCAUCCACAUGGCACAUGAACUGCCUCCAUUGUUAACUUUGCUCUUAACACAUUUUUAGUAAAUGUUUCCUGAUGGUU